AUGCGUGUCUUUGCUCUUUUGCCGUCCUCGCUGACGGUUCUUCUCGUCGCUUGUUUGCUUUCCGGCAAUGUCGAGGCAGGGAGAAGAGUCUGGAGCAGGAAGCCGGCCUUUGUCCUCAGCCGCGGCUCAAGGUCGGGCCCUCGGCUCGGCUCUAGGUCCGGUUACGGGGUCAAGCUCGGCAGGAGUGGCAAUUUGAUGAUCAAGAUGGGCUCAGCGACCAUCGACACGCCUGGCGGUCAAGUCACCUGGGAUGAUGUCUCCUCCGAACCUAUCGUCAUGUUUUCCCGGGCGGCCGGAAACCAGACAUACCUCUCCAUGGCCCUGGAGCUAUCCCUCAACAUGACGUCUUCCGACCCCCUUACUGUCUUGUCAUCGUCCACGGUCUACCUCUCGUGGCUACAAACAGGGAUGCAAGCGGCCUCCUCCCAGAGCCCAAUCAUGGCGUCCGAGGUCAAUCCCGUCGUCCCCUUCAAGUUGGACGGUCAAGAUAGCAAUCAGCCCAAAGUGUUGAUGACGCUCCUCUACCUCCAGCCGCAUCCCCUCAUCGUCACAGACAGUUUCAUGCAGGCGUUCGACAGCAUGCGGACAGACUCUUCGAAACGCCAAAACUUCGAUUUUCAAGCCUUUUGCAACAGUUCAUCGAUCACGAAUCUACAGGCGGCCACCUGGAUGGUGGUCAAUGGGACUUCGGCCGAAGGCGGCGGCAGCAUAGGAGGCGGAGAAACGGUUACCCAAACGGUGCAAGUCACGAUGAAUCCAAGCAACACUGGAGAUAGCGGCCAGCAGGUCACCUCGAUGGUCACCAUGGACGCCUCCGGCUCUCCGACGGUCUUCACCACGGCCAUGGUAUCCUCCGACUGUGGCUGCGCCGACGAGAGCCAGGAAACUGUACCAAUGAUGUCCACCACGGACGCGGCCGGCUCCUCGACGACAAUGGUAACCACCACGCCGGGCAUGCUCCCGCCACCGGCCGCCUCCGACAGCACCAGUGCCACAGCAUCAUCGUCUUCUUCUUCUUCUUCAUUAUCAUCAUCGGACAACGGCACCCCCACAACCGUCGAGGAUAUGACCACCACCGACAUGCUCAUGUCGACCGUCACCUCCGCGCCGACGAACACGAUGGGCGGGUCGUCUGAGUAUUGCAAUGGACAGGGCGGCAGUGUGGUGACUGUCAUGUCUACGGUGACGGUUACUGUGGCUGAUAUGACGGUCGGUACUUCCUCGCUUGACAGUACAGGCAUGGGGGGUGGAGGAAUGGGAGAGGCCACUUCGACACAAAUAGGCGACGCGACCUCAACCAUGACUUCAUCGGAGGGCAGCAGCACCCCCUGCGAUGUAUGUGCUGGCCUCGGAAGCAGUACCGGAAUGGGCGAUGAGACUGGCAGCGCGUUAUCCACCUCUUCCACCACAACCGCAGCGCCAAGCGACAGCCCUUCUCCAUCUUGUGAUGUUUGUGCCGGCAUGGGGGCUACUAGCAUGGCAUCCGACAUCACAACCCAAACCGGCGGAGACUCUGGCGCGGCGUCUCCUACCGCGACCUCAGCAUCAAGCAGCAGCACUCCUUGCGACAUCUGCGCCGGCGCGGGGGCCACUAGCAUGGCCUCCGGCACUCCGAGCGGAAUGGACGGCGAGACCAGCGUCCCGCCAACGUCAACUUCUGGUGCAGGUAGCUCGUCAACUGGUGAUGGCGCUUCCGAAGGCAGCCCGUCCCCCACAGCCACUUCCGACACUGGCAUUGCUUCCGGCACUGGCACCCCAUCCAGCACCGGGGCACCAUCCAGCUCCGGGACACCAUCCGGCACUGGAACGCCAUCCAGCACUGGGACACCAUCCGACACUGCGACCAGCACUGGCGGCCAGACUGGCAGCACGUCGACUACGUCAACUUCCAAUUCUACUGGGACUGCGCAGACUAGUAACGGUGCUUCCGACAGUGGCGCGUCGUCCACUACCACCACCACAGGGCCGGUCACAUCGGAGACGCCCACAACCACGGCUGCCGCUGACGGCGCUGGCACCACCCUCACCAGGCUGACGGUGCUCUUUCCCAUAUCGGCUUCGUCAAAUGACACGGCGUCUGGGACGGCGACAGCGACGGCGACGAACCCGCCUGUAGCUGCCGGGGCCGUGACCGACACCGGCACCGGCACCAGCACCAGCACCGGCGGGCUUCCGGCGCCCAGCUCCGGCGCCGUCCCCAUUGUCGUCGCUAAAGAAACACCUUUUCUACUUGGCUGCAUAAUACUCAUUUCCUUUGUAUUCGUGGCAUAA